AUUGUUUGUGGACUACCCGAAGUUUAUCGGGGUUGUUCAAAUGUUUUGUAUGCGCCUGUGCAGUAACGUAAUCUAGCCCUGCUAGUUAUUAUAUAAAUGGUGAAACAACAACAGCUAUGAUCAUCCAAAUUCAGUCAUUUAACGUCGAGAAAUAAUAUUCUUGAGGUACCUAACAGAUAUAAUUUGAAGCAGAACACCCCCUCUGGUUUGACAAGAUGUAGAUGCAAUAUACAUCAUUGCAUUGGCCUGAACCAAAGGAUCUACGUACAGCUAUCAUGAGAUUAGUAUGCUAUUUAACGGAUUUGAUGCUUGACGCUGAACAUUCAACGAACUACAACAUGGAUAUAUGUUGGGAUGAUAACGAGGUUGGAAGAAUCACCUUAACCUUAAUUCUGUGUGAAAUUGCAAGAUAUUUACCUCCGGAAAUUAUCCUCAAAUGUAACCUCGUGUAUGAGGAUUGAACACUAUCUAUUUAGUUUACUAUAGGAUUAUACCAUGCAUUAUUAUUAAAUAAAUACCUG